CUUCCGCAGCUUUGAGAAGCGGAGCAGCUUUCACCAAUCUGACGCCAAAUUCAGACUCUAGGCAGAAACCCGCGGCCAUGUCUCUUACUUUGAACUAAAGUACCAGUGAUGGUUAGCGGAUGAAUGUGCUUGAGGUCGUUUGCCGUCCGCUGUAGACGCUGUUUUGGCGAGUUUUCUCCAUCACUCCUCGCAGGCAGAGCUAAGGCUAAAGCUAGCUGUGCGUUAGCAGCGGCUCUCGGCGGCUGUGGACACACAUUUAAUAAACCCUCCCCUCGCCGGCCUUUUUGCACAGUUUACUUAGAUCUCAGGCAAGGCAGUCAUGGCCACUCGGCGUCUGACCGAUGCCUUCUUGUUAAUGCGGAACAAUGCAAUCCAAAACCGGCAAAUAUUGGCUGAGCAAGUGAGUACAUACGACCCCCGUCUGAGUACACGUAGCAAUGCUGCGUUGGCUGAUGAUCGCAUGGCCCUGGUGUCAGGAAUUAGUCUGGACCCUGAGGCUGCCAUUGGUGUAACAAAGAGACUGCCUCCUAAAUGGAUAGAGGGAAUUGAUGAGAUUCAAUAUGAAAUCACACGAGUUCGACAGAAGAUGAAGGAACUGGCCUUACUUCAUGACAAGCAUAUGAACCGUCCCACACUUGAUGACAGUACUGAAGAAGAGCAUGCCAUAGAAAUCACUACACAGGAGAUCACACAGAUGUUUCACAGAUGCCAGCGAGCUGUGACAGGUUUGCAGACUCGCUGCGGCCACUGCACCGAGCAGGAGGAGAGACUAUUGAGAAACGUGGUGUCGUCUCUGGCACAGAGUCUACAGGAGCUGUCCACCAAUUUUAGAUACACACAGUCCAGUUACCUAAAACGUAUGAAGAAUCGUGAGGAGAGAUCAAAGCACUUUUUUGACUCAGGACCCUUAAUGGAGGAGGAUGAAGAUUUAGCUCUGUAUGAUAAGGGAUUCACAGAAGACCAGCUGGUGCUGAUGGAGGAGAACACGGUCAUGGUGGAAGAACGAGAGAAGGAGAUCAGACAAAUAGUGCAGUCCAUCUCUGAUCUGAAUGAGAUUUUCCGGGACUUGGCAGGAAUGGUUGUUGAACAGGGCACCGUGCUUGAUAGAAUCGAUUUCAACGUGGAGCAGGCUUGUGUUAAAACAGAUGACGGAUUGAAACAGCUACAAAAGGCGGAGCAGUAUCAGAAGAAGAACAGAAAGAUGCUGGUCAUUUUGAUCCUGUUCGUCAUAGUCAUUGUUCUAAUUAUUAUUCUUUUUGGAUCAAAGUUCUAGUCAUUCAUUCCUCUGGCGUUUGUUUUCUGUGUGGGUGUAUGGUGUGCAUCUGUUUGGACUUGGACUUGGUCUUUAACAAAGCUGACCGCCUUUCAUUCCCACCAGGACACGACAAGAGGAAAUCCGUGUCUCCCUGCAGAUGCACUUGCUGCAAUGUGGAGAUAUUUUUUGUGGUUGAUUUUAAUGAAAGAAACAAUCAAAAAUCUGUCUGAGCCAUUUAAUCAAGUGGCUCUCCUCAAAUCGCUCCAAUGCUCUUUGACCAAGGUUUGUCAAACCCAAACAACAACACAUAUGUGGUCUAUAUAAAGAGUUGCUAACCCAGUGUUCUCACACUUAUUUCUUGUGUGAAAAAGCAAAUUAUUUGUUCCUAACUAUUGCAAACAUUUAGUUUCCGUGAGAGAGAAAAAAUGUUUGUGGAAGAGAAACAUGCAGUAGAUAUUAUUUUAUGGCAAAAUAAUUUUCAUCCCAAAAUGGCUCAGUAUUUUAUGGCACCUUUGUGUUAAAAAAGCACCACAUAUGAUUAGAAUAGUAAUUUAUAACCCAAAAUAUUACUUUGAUUUAAAGGACGACCAUUUCUUUUGGUUUUAUAUCCCUUUAAUUAUAAUUAUACUGAGAACUUAGAUCCUUGUUACCCUGCCUUUGUCCCGAAGAGGGUUCAGUCAGCUAAUUCAAUCCUAAAAUCAAACCUGUUUCAAAUCUGCUGUACUUUGCAUCAAGUGCUCACUAUAAAACACUUUACUGUUUUGUUUGUUUUGUUUUUCAUGGUCCUUGUAUUGAGUGCUACCUUUUUAAAACUCUUGCAGUUUGCACAUAUUGAGGCCUGGGGGGGAGCAGAGGGGGUUGUUAUGGAUGUAAUACUACUGGUAUAUGUGUAAUGAAAAAAGAAGAAUGAUUGCAUUAUUUAUUUUUAAUAGCUUCAAAUAAUCCAGAGGUUAAUAUGUGCUCGGUUCCAGGCAGAAUUUUUGUAUAAUGAGUAAAAGUGUGUCUGAAGCCAUCUGUUAUUGUUCCACCCCACUAAGGAAAAUGUGAUGACGUCCAGCACAAGCCGACGUAUAGAGACAGCAUUACGAGGAUGGUUUCGUCUGUUUCUAUUCAGACUGGACAUGAUAUAGUUUAGCUGGCUGUGUUGGAAACGUCUUGUGUUCUAUGAAGACUGAUCGGCUGAAACGAUGAAGAGCUUUAUUUGACAUAUCUGUACGCUACAGUUUAUACACCUGUUCAUCCAUCUUGUCAUUGAUGUGAAGUAUGUGUGUGUGUGUGUGAAAAAAUUGUUAUGUCCAAGUGGUGUUCCACUCAGGUUUUGUUUUACCAAACAAAACUGGCAAAAAGACAGCAGCUUUUUUUAAAUAAACCUUGAAAACAU